GCAUUUACUGGGAAACUGUACUUUGCUGGAAUUCAGAGAUUGCACAAUUUGAAUAUAUCGAUUACAAUUGUUACUUUGAAAAAACUCAAAUACAGUUGAUUUUUUUUUUCUUCCUGAUGGCUGGUCAAGAAAUGGUUAAUGCAUGGUUUGCUGAGAGAGUUCAUACCAUCCCGGUCUGCAAGGAGGGAACAAAGUCCCAGAGUGAAUCCUGUGCUUGUCACCAGCCUGCCUGUGCUGAGACCACCAACUCUGGGACACCAGCAAGGAAAAUCUCUGCCUCUGAAUUUGACAGACCCUUAAGGCCUAUUGUUGUCAAGGACUCAGAAGGAGCAGUGAGCUUCCUCUUUGGCUCUGAAAAGAAGGAACAGAUGCCUCUGCAAUCUCCAAGGAUUGAGACCAGUGCAGGGGAUCAGUGCUCAAGACUAUUAGAACUUGUGAAAGAUAUUUCUAGUCACUUAGAUGUCACAGCACUUUGCCAUAAAAUUUUCCUACAUAUCCAUGAGCUUAUAGCAGCUGAUCGCUAUUCACUGUUUUUGGUCUGUGAGGAUAGCUCAAAUGAGAAGUUUCUUGUAAGCAGGCUGUUUGAUGUGGCAGAAGGCUCCACCCUGGAAGAAGCUUCCAACAACUGCAUUCGCCUAGAAUGGAACAAGGGCAUUGUGGGUCAUGUAGCAGCUAUAGGCCAGCCUCUGAACAUCAAAAAUGCAUAUGAGGAUCCAAGAUUCAAUGCAGAAGUCGACCAGAUCACAGGAUAUAAGACUCAGAGUAUUCUCUGUAUGCCAAUAAAGAAUCACAGGGAAGAGGUUGUUGGUGUGGCUCAAGCAAUCAAUAAGAAAUCUGGAAUUGGUGGCACUUUCACUGAACAAGAUGAAAAGGAUUUUGCCGCCUAUUUGGCAUUUUGUGGAAUUGUUCUUCACAAUGCUCAAUUGUAUGAGACAUCUUUGCUUGAAAACAGGCGUAAUCAGGUGCUUCUUGAUCUUGCCAGCCUGAUUUUUGAAGAGCAGCAGUCUUUGGAAGUAAUUCUGAAGAAGAUAGCUGCCACUAUAAUAUCCUUCAUGCAAGUGCAGAGGUGUACCAUCUUCAUAGUGGAUGAAGAUUGUACUGAUUCAUUUUCUAGUGUGUUUCACAUGGAAUCUGAGGAAUUAGAAGAUUCAUCUGAAAAUGUGAAGAGGGACUAUGAUACAAACAAAAUCAAUUAUAUGUAUGCUCAGUAUGUCAAGAAUACGAUGGAGCCUCUCAACAUCCCAGAUGUCUGCAAAGAUAGAAGAUUUCCCUGGACAAAUGACAAUGCAGAAAAUGUAAGUCAACAUGUAAAGAGUUUGCUGUGUACUCCAAUUAAAAAUGGGAAGAAGAAUAAGGUGAUAGGGGUUUGCCAGCUUGUGAAUAAGAUGGAAGAAAACUCAGGCAAAAUAAAGGCUUUCAACAGAAAUGAUGAACAGUUCCUGGAAGCAUUUGUCAUCUUUUGUGGCUUGGGGAUCCAGAACACACAGAUGUAUGAAGCUGUAGAAAGAGCCAUGGCCAAACAGAUGGUGACAUUAGAGGUUCUCUCAUACCAUGCUUCUGCUGCUGAGGAGGAAACGAGGGAGCUGCAGGUAACAGCGGCUGCCGUAGUACCAUCCGCACAAUCUCUCAACCUAACUGACUUCAACUUCAGUGAUUUUGAGCUAUCAGAUUUUGAAACAACACUCUGUACGAUUCGAAUGUUCACAGACCUCAACCUGGUGCAAAAUUUCCAAAUGAAACAUGAGGUUCUCUGCAGAUGGAUUUUAAGUGUAAAGAAAAAUUAUCGGAAAAAUGUUGCUUAUCACAAUUGGAGACAUGCCUUUAACACUGCGCAGUGCAUGUUUGCUGCUUUAAAAUCUGGUAAAAUUCAGAGCAAACUGACUGACUUAGAAACACUGGCUUUGCUGAUAGCAACUCUAAGCCAUGAUUUGGAUCACAGGGGAGUGAACAACUCUUACAUACAAAGAAGUGAACAUCCACUGGCUCAACUGUAUUGCCACUCAAUCAUGGAGCAUCAUCAUUUUGAUCAAUGCCUUAUGAUCCUGAAUAGUCCAGGAAAUCAGAUUCUGAGCAGCCUUUCCAUUGAAGAAUACAAGGCCACACUGAAAAUGAUAAAACAAGCCAUUCUUGCCACAGACCUAGCACUAUAUAUAAAGAGGAGAGGAGAAUUUUUUGAACUUCUAAGGAAGAAGCAAUUUAAUUGGGAAGAUCCUGCACAGAAGGAGCUAUUUUUAGCAAUGCUGAUGACUGCUUGUGAUUUAUCAGCCAUAACCAAGCCAUGGCCAGUUCAGCAACGGAUUGCUGAGCUUGUAGCUACUGAGUUCUUUGAUCAAGGAGAUAAAGAGCGGAAGGAACUCAACAUAGAACCAACAGAUCUAAUGAACAGAGAGAAGAAAAAUAAAAUUCCCAGCAUGCAGGUUGGAUUCAUAGAUGCUGUUUGUUUGCAGCUGUAUGAGGCCCUAACGCAUGUGUCAGAGGCCUGCUACCCUUUACUGGAUGGCUGUAGAAAAAAUAGGCAGAAAUGGCAAUCCUUAGCUGAACAACAAGAGAAGAAUCUGAUCAAUGGAGAAAGCAAUCAAGCCAAACGGAACUGAGAUGCAGAUUUAACAACCACAAGCUUACAUAGAAGACAUAGUAA